CCAGUGAGCCUGGCGUCCUGGUCUCUGAGACGCCAUGGUCUGGGACACCCAGACCUGUGGCCUCUCUGUCACUGUUGGCCUUGCAGCAGGAGGCUGGUCUCUGAAGCCUAUCCUCGCCAGGAAGAGGGAAGGUCCCUUUAAGCCUGGCUUCACAUCUUUAGCUUGUUGCUAUGUAUGCAAGGAACUUCCUUAGCAACCACCUGGCCUCUUAAAGAGGCCCUGGCAUAGUGGUUGCCUCCAGCCAUGGCUCCUAAAAAGAAGGGGGCCAAGGAGCCUGAGAUCAAGAAGAAAGGUGGCAAGAAGGAUCCCAGCGUGGCCAUCAAGCCCAUGGAAAUGCCUAUAAGCGAGGAGAUCCGAGAGUUCUACCACAUCCAGAUCCGCAACCUGGAGGACAGGCUGGCCCGGUACCAGCGGAAGUGGGAUGAGUUGGCUAUGCAGGAGAAGCUGUUUCGCCAGGAGUUUGAGCAGCUGGCCAACAACAAGAAGGAGAUCGUGGCCUUCCUCAAGCGCACGCUCAACCAGCGCGUGGAUGAGAUCACCGACCUCAAUGAGCAGCUCCAGAGCCUGCAGCUGGCCAAGGAGAUGGAGAAGGAUGCCUUCGAGGCACAGCUAGCCCAGGUGCGCCAUGAAUUCCAGGAGACCAAGGACCAGCUCACCACCGAGAACAUCAUCCUUGGGGGAAAGCUGGCAGCCCUGGAGGAGUUCCGGCUGCAGAAAGAGGAGCUCAUGAAGAAGUUCAUGUCGCUGGAGGACCAGCUGCGGAAGCAGGAGAACGAAUACAAGGACUACGUGCACAACCUGGAGAAGAAGUCGGUGCUGGACAAGGACAGACUGAGAAAGGAGAUCAUCCAGCGUGUGAACAUGGUGGCCACAGAGUUCCGCAAGGUGGCCACGAACCAGAUGUGGGACACAACCAAGCGGGCCAUCACAGAGAACAAUGCGGUGACCCUGCAGCUGGCCAAGAUUACACGGCAGGGCACGCAGCUGCUGGCGGAGAAUGAGCAGCUUCGGGGCCACCAGGACAACCUGUGCAAACAGCUGGAGCUGCUGGAGAACUCCCAGAAGCUCAUGGCCAAGAACAACCGGGGCCACCAGAAGGUCAUCUUCAUGCUGACAGAGAAGUGCCGUGAGCAGCAGCAGGGCAUGGCCGAGGCCAAGCGGCUGCGUGUUCUGCUGGGCCAGCUGGAGCAGGACCUCCUGAAGCAGCAGCAGGACAAUCAGGCACUGAGGAACGAAAGAGACCAGCUGAAUCUGCAGCUGGAGAGGCAGCAGGCUGAGGGACAGCGGCUCCAGCAGCAACUGACCAAAGAGCAGGAGGCCCGGGCGAGCCUGGAGACAGCCCUGGCCCAGGCUACCUCCUUCCUACAGGACAUUCUGCAGAUGCAGCCUAACGAGGAGGAUGGUGACUUCAAUGUCGUGUUCCAGCUGCAGCGAAAGGAGAUGCUGCAGCAGUUGCUGCUCAUGCUCGGCUCAGCCGUGGUCUCGAGCCCCCAGAUGGCCAAGGCCCUGCACCGGGAGAGGCAGCCCUGUGGCCUGCCCAGGGAGGGCCAGGACAGCAGCACCCAGCUACUCAAGACAGGGUCUCUGCUGCAGCAGCUGUCCGGCAUCACACCCUACCGGCCUGGGGACCUGGGUCUGGUACCUCGACGGAUCCACAUCCCACCCAACCCUGAGGACCUCAGGCUGCUCUCACACACCACUCGCAUGGGCAGCUUACAGGCGUACAGCAGCCCUGAGGUGAGGGUGCCAGGGGGCCCCAGGGACAGCCGGAUGAGGGCCGCCCUUGGGUGCAUAUCACCGCUCUGCCACACUGCAGCUGUGUGGCUCUGUGGAUGUGGCUGGACCUCUCUUAAGCCUCCACUUCCCCAUCUGUAAAAUGGGCUGAAGAAAGGUGUGUCAAGGCCUCAGUGGAUCCAGACACGCCCACACAUCCCCUGGGAGGGAAGCCUGCUGGACCCUGUAGGCCCUCCUCCACAGGCAGGGGAGGGAUGGGAAGCCCACCUUGGAGGCUUCAGCUCCAAAGGUGGCACCUUCACUCUUACAGAUCCACACCUCUGCUCCUCAGAAAAAGUUAAAGAAA